UCUGUGAUGACGUGUCAAGAAAGUGCCGGAAGCUCUCAGUCAGUCCAAAAUGGCUUACCAGACUAUACAACAGGAGUAUCUACAGAUUCCUGUUGUUACCAGGGCUUAUACCACCGCCUGUGUCCUCACCACCGCUGCUGUGCAACUAGAGAUCAUCACACCAUUUCAACUUUACUUCAACCCAGAUUUGAUUCUAAGGAAUUACCAGGUAUGGAGACUAAUAACCAACUUCCUGUUUUUCGGUCCAGUUGGCUUCAACUUCCUGUUCAAUAUGAUUUUUUUGUACAGAUACUGUCGUAUGCUGGAGGAGGGAUCCUUCAGAGGACGGACGGCUGACUUUGUCUUCAUGUUCCUGUUUGGUGGUUUACUGAUGACCAUAUUCGGCACGUUUGUGAGUCUGGUGUUCCUGGGUCAGGCCUUCACCAUCAUGCUGGUCUACGUGUGGAGUCGAAGAAACCCGAAUGUGCGCAUGAACUUCUUCGGCCUGCUGAACUUCCAGGCUCCCUUCCUGCCCUGGGUGCUGAUGGGGUUCUCUCUCCUGCUGGGUAACUCCAUCAUCGUGGAUCUUUUAGGUAUCGCUGUCGGUCACGUGUACUUCUUUCUGGAGGACGUUUUUCCAAACCAGCCGGGAGGAGGAAGGUGGCUGAAGACCCCGUCGAUCAUAAAGAUGCUCUUUGACACCCCGGAGGAAGAUGCAAACUACAACCCCCUCCCCGAGGAGCGUCCUGGAGGGUUCGCCUGGGGAGAGGGCCAGCGCCUCGGAGGCUAAGUGAACCCCUCAUCGAACACUUCCAUGGACACUCCCUCUGUGUGAUGAAGGGGACAAACUUAGUCUCUGUUUUUGACGUGUUUGUUUAAUUCUGGAUGGAGAACGCCAAAUACCCAGAACCGGUCUGGAGAGGACCGCCUGUCAUCUUUUUAUUCGGGCUUCAAUCAUCCUCGGAUGCUCUUCUUCACGCUGGAUUGUCGCUCUGAGACUUUAUGAGAGAAACUUUUAGGGUGGAGCUGUAGACGGUGGGGAUGUGUGACUUCAUCUCAGAUUUAAGGAAAAAAAAGUUAUUGAUAAAAAAACAGCUGUCACGUGAAAAAGGAAAGAACGACAGGAGUAAAUUAUUCAGAAUGAUUCAGAUGGAAAGUGCUUUUUCUUUUUCAUUUCACUUUUUAAAAAAAAUAAAUGUGUGUGUGGCAAAUAGUGCUGUGAUUCCUCUUUGAAGUGACGUAGGACUGCAUUAAACCAAAGAUAAGACGACUUGAUUUAUAGAAACAUGAAGGAUCGAGUUCACUGUAGCCUAAAUAUAGAGAUUGUGAUGUUUGUUUGUAGGUUUGAUUUCAUUUUCACAUCUGUACUCUUUUUUUUUUUUAAUUUCAUUGACACAAACAGCCUCAUGAUGUUUGUUUUAUUUCAUAGAUUUGACACACUCAAGCACUUUUCUCAUUUUUAAGUUGCCAUAUGAUCCUGGUUUCUGAUUCAGCAGCACAUCUGGAGGGAGAUGUUACCGCUCGCUUGCCCAUGCUUUUGUUUUUUUUGGAGACUGAAUUUGAAAACGGGGAUAAGCAGCUAUGUGGAUUUUUUGCUUACGCUGGGAAACAAAUCCUCAUCAGCCUUAAUUUGUUGUUUCUAAUAAUGUGUUAAUGUUGUCCGGCUGUGAUGAAGUCAAAAUAAUCUUUGAAUUACA